UAGCCACCGGUAGUAGGAUUCUAAUUCUCGUUUCGAGCACCAACCAACACAGCACAACGAAACCAAGUAUUCUCUUCUGUGCUGUUCUUUCUUUCUAACAAUGUCUUCCCUUCCUUUUCUUUUCUCAGAUGCUAGGUGGGUCCCUCCAUCACUCACUUCAUUUCAUCAUCAUAAUCCCAUUCUUCAAUUGCUUUCUUAUAUUACUUGUGCUUCCUCCACCUUUUCUUUUCUCAGGCUGAAGUUGCUGCACAAGUCAUGCCUAAAUCAGGUGGCAAGAGAUUGGUGUACGGAUGUUGGUGGGAAAUUAAUAGUAGUUACCAGUUUGGAGCAAAGCUAAUGAUGAAAUGUUUCAUACUCCUUAUCUUUUUAAGUUUCAGUCAUAUAACCGAAGCGCCUGAUGUUGAAGGUGAAGCUUUGAAGGAGAUUUUAAGAACUGUCAAUGAUACUGAUGGUCGUAUAACAGAUUGGACUGAUCCUUUUCUGAGCCCUUGUUUUAGUUGGUCUCAUGUCACUUGCAGAAAUGGAAAUGUCAUGUACCUAACGCUGGAUUCAAAUGGAUUUUCGGGAAAACUAUCACCAUCGUUGACCAAACUUAAGUUUUUGGUUGGCUUGGAGCUACAGAACAAUAAUUUAUCAGGUGCAUUACCAGAUUUCAUUGGCAGCAUGGUUCACCUGCAAAGUCUCAAUCUUGCAAACAAUAAAUUCAGUGGCUCUAUACCCGUGAAUUGGGGUCAUCUAUCAAAUUUAAAGCAUUUGGAUCUUUCAUCCAAUGAUUUAGCUGGAAAAAUUCCAAUGCAACUAUUUUCAGUUGCAACAUUCAACUUUACUGGAACACAUCUCACUUGUGGCUCUAGUUUGGGGCAGCCUUGUGUGUCAAGCGCUCCUCUACCAGUUUCAACCAGCAGAUCAAAACUUAGAGUUGUUGUAACAUCAGCAAGUUGUGGUGCUUUUGUACUUCUGUUGAUUGGUGCUCUCUUUUUAUUCCGAUAUCAUCAGUUGCACAGACGCAAACAUGAUGUUUUUGUUGAUGUUGCAGGUGAAGAUGAUCGAAGUUUUUUUGGUCAGUUAGAAGAUUUCUUGGCGUGAACUCCAACUUGCAACUAUAAUUUUAGUGAAAACAUAAUUGGACAAGGAGGUUUUGGGAAAGUGUAUAAAGGUCUCUCUGACAACACAAAAGUUGCUGUGAAACGCCUUGCUGAUUAUUAUAGUCCUGGUGGAGAGGCUGUCCACAGGGAAGUCCAACUUAUAAGUGUUGCUGUUCAUCGGAAUCUUCUCAGUUAGUUGGGUUUUGUACAACUCUCAUCCGAGAGAAUCCUUGUACCCUUCAUGCAAAAUCUUAGCGUCGCGUAUCGCUUGAGAGAUUUGAAACCUGGAGAGAAAGGCUUCGACUGGCCAACAAGGAAAUGUGUGGCAUUUGGAGCAGCCCGUGUUUUGGAGUAUCUACAUGAGCACUGUAAUCCUAAGAUUAUACAUCGUGAUUUAAAAGCUGCCAAUAUCCUUUUGGAUGACAAUUUUGAAGCUGUUCUUGGCGAUUUUGGGCUGGCAAAACUUGUUGAUACAAAAUUGACUCAUGUUACCACUCAAGUGCGCGGUACAAUGGGCCACAUUGCCCCAGAAUAUUUGUCAACUGGGAAAUCUUCAGAGAAGACAGAUGUGUUUGGAUAUGGAAUAACUCUACUAGAACUUGUAACUGGUCAACGUGCAAUAGAUUUCUCUUGCCUUGAAGAGGAAGAGGAUGCUCUUCUGCUUGAUCAUAUUAAGAAAUUACUGAGAGAAGAUAGACUAAGUGAUAUUGUGGAUAAAAACCUAAAGAAUUAUGAUUCAAAAGAAGUCGAGAUUGUAGUCCAAGUGGCGUUGCUCUGCACUCAAAGCUCCCCAGAAGACCGUCUGACAAUGGCAGAAGUAGUUAAAAUGUUGGAAGGAGUGGGUCUAACUGAGAGAUGGGCUGAGUGGGAGCAGCUUGAACAAGUAAGGCAUCAAGGAUUCUCACUCAUGUCUCAGCAGUUUGCUUGGGCAGAAGAGUCAAGUCUUGACCAAGAAGCAAUACAGUUGUCCAAAGCAAGAUAGAACAUAAUUUAAGUCUAUUUGGACUAAAGCUUUAUAUAUCACUUACUGUAUAUGAAAUAAAAACCGACAAAAAUAAUAUCCUAUGGUUUGCUUAUGA